AUGUCAGGUCCUGCAGAGGGGAAGCAAGGCUUCCUCGCUGGCCUCUCGCCGUGGGGUUCACGUGCGCCUACACCGAUCACCACCGAGUCCGACAAGGCAAAAGGCAAGGAGAAGGAGAAGGAACAGGACGCCACAACGGGUGGGCUAGGUACACAACGAGGCGGAGAUCAUGUGGUUGAUCGGAGGCACCGCUUGAGCUUGAAGAGGUACCCUCGAGACUGCCCUCCGCUUGCGGUGAAGUGGUUUCACGCUGUGGACCUACCUAAACGCAAGCCCUUCUCAGAGCACGCUAUAACGCCGGACAAGCCUCUGCCUAAGCCGAAGAAAUGGAUCCCUUUCAGCAAGGGUGAUUCUCGAGCCAUCGAAACAGCCUUUCAGAAGACGACCGACGAAGCGGAAGCUGCCGAACAGAAUAAAGACCUAAUGAGUCCUGCAACGCCUGCACAGUCCUCUCACGAGCCUGUGAAAACUACAAAAGUGCCGGUGAACGAAGACUAUCUGUUCGAUGUCGAAAUUGAAACCCGUGAGCUGGCCCCUUCAUACUGGCUUGGUCCGGUCUACGAUAUCAAGCGAGGAACAUGGUUCACCCCCAAUGGUGACCCUGUGGACGAAGGUCUUGCCAUGCAACUGGAGGAGGGCUAUCUCAAAUGCAAGCCGUGGCGAUACGGAAAGCCAGAGGAGAAGCGGUCAAUCUCGCAGCCUCGUGCCCGGCCUGUAUCUCUUGGUGCUGGCGUGAGUGACGACUAUCGCAAGGAGCUCGGACGACUCAACCGCGAUUCAACUUCGAACCCUGUAACACCAAGAGGAUCCUUUGAAAACCUUCGUAGUGAAGCUGCCAAACAGCAGGACGGUAGUAGUUCGGGCGACAAAUUGGCACCACCAAAUGCUCCUACCGAUACCACGCGGACACACAGGCUUUUCGGUGCCCACAUGAACUCGAUUGUGACGUUUCAAGAUGCGACGACAGCCUGGCUUCUUACUGACGACAUGUGGGCUCGUAUGGGAAGCACGAUAUACCAGCGUUUUGCAGGUGGAGCGCAUUAUGCUGGUUAUCGCUACGUUCGUGGUUACACUGACCCAGAGGAGAAAAAGAAGCAGACAAAUGCCGCCACAGACCCCAAGAGCAAGAAAGAGGCCGAUCGGCCCACUACGCCAUCACAACAUUUGGCGUAUGGGUCUGAUAACGAAAAGACCACGACCUCUGGAUCAGGAGAUGGCUCUGACGCCGAGACGACAGACAACGAGAGAGCAGAAUCACCUCAAGAGUCAAGAAGAAGGACUUUAGAACGGCAAGUGUCGUCUUUGAUGACUUCAUCGCAACCCGACUAUCAAGAGAAGCAGGAAGAAGAGGUGCGCAAACGAGAGGAGAAAGAGAUGCGCGAAGACUACAAAACGCAAGAUAAACAGGAGCAGGGACGCGAGAUUGAGCAUUUGUUGCUUGUAACACAUGGCAUCGGACAGCGCUUGGGUAUGCGCAUGGAGUCUAUUAACUUCAUUCACGAUGUCAACACAAUGCGCAAGUCUUUCAAGGCUGUCUACGCCAACGCCCCGGAUUUACAGGCACUUAAUUCGGAGGUUACUUCUGAAACGAAGAAUAGCCGCAUUCAGGUAAUCCCUAUUGUAUGGCGUCAUCUACUGGACUUUCCUAUGCAAAGUGUCAAGCAUAAUCGGAAGGAGCAUGAUCUUGGAGAUCUCGACCAUGAAGAUCACGAAUUCCCUAGCCUUGAGGACAUCACAGUCGAUGGUGUACCGGCUGUGCGCAACUUCUUGACUGAUCUUGCGUUAGACAUCUUGCUCUACCAGAGUCCAGCUUACAAAGGCCAUAUAUCCCGCAUCGUUGUCGCCGAAUUGAACCGUAUCUACCGCUUAUUCAAGGAGCGCAACCCCUCUUUCAAAGGCAGAGUCAGCUUGGUCGGUCACUCUUUGGGUUCGGCAAUUAUGUUCGACAUUCUCUGUAUCCAGCGCAAUGCCAGCAAAACAAAAUCUGGGAAACAACGUCGCCUUACCGAAGAGGGUCUGAAGCUUGAUUUCGAGGUUGAGGAUUUCUACGCAUUAGGAUCACCAAUCGGCCUCUUUCAGAUGCUAAAGGGGCGCACGAUAGCCGCUCGACCCGCGACCGCUUUCAAUCCGCCAGAGACACCUGCGACUCCUCUGGACGACCCAUUCUCGCCUAUGGCAGCCGAACGCAACCAUGCUUUUGACAUCACAACCUCAUCGCCUCUUUGCAAGCAAACAUUCAACAUCUUCCAUCCAUCCGAUCCAAUCAGCUACCGAAUUGAGCCCUUGAUAUCUCCUGCCAUGGCUGGUUUGAAAGCUCAGCCACUUCCCUACACCAAGAAAGGAAUUUUUGGCGCCCCAGCCUCACAAGGCCUAACAGGCAUCGGUGCCCGUGUAGGGCAAGGAGUCACGGACUUCUGGUCAAGCAUCGGUUCUGGUAUCGCAUCAGGUUUGCUCAACCGCAGCCUAGGUAUCAGUGGUACAGAACUGGGAGACGGAGGUCCAGGGCAGCGUUCUUCGCGACCUCUUUCUGCCGCUCCAAACUCGGCAGCAGGUGUAGCAACUGUUCCAGGCACCAAUGAACCAGUGUCUGCGUUCAUAUCUGAAGAGCGUAGACGACGUCUUGGAAACGAACAGAUUACCACCGGCGAAGACGGUGAACACCCGCCUACACUCAUCGAGUCGGAGAUCGAGACUUUGUACUCUGGGUUCCAGAAAGGGCGUAAGAGCAGCAGUACUGAGGAUUCGAAUCAAGUCGAAAAAGACUUGGAAUGGCAGGACCUCGAAGAGCGGAGCCGAAAGCUGAAGAGGGAAGAGCAGAAAGUACGGGCAUUGAACAGUAACGGGAGAGUUGACUACAGCAUUCAAGAGGGCGCAUUUGAUAUUUCUCUCCUUGCGAGUAUUGCGAGCCAUUUAACAUACUGGGCCGAUGAGGACGUUUCUCAUUUCAUGAUCUCACAACUGCUAGCCAGACAUCGGGUCUUCAAGGAGCAGCAAAGCAAGGGACUGUAG